AUGCGAGCUGAGAUGGAGGCCUGCCUACUGCUGGCAGCGGUACUGCUGGACUCGGGUCCUGGGACCCACGCUAUGGAAGCCUCAAGGAGACAGUCUUGCCUCACACGUAUCCAAAACCCCGGAGCUGAUUCGCAGCCAUCCUUUUCUCUUGCUUCAGGUGUCAAGUGUGGGGGUGUGCUCUCGGCACCAUCUGGAAACUUCUCCAGCCCAAACUUCCCAAGUCUGUAUCCCUACAACACCGAGUGCAGCUGGCUGAUCGUGGUGGCCGAGGGCUCCUCCGUGCUGCUCACUUUCCACACCUUUGACCUGGAGUACCAUGACACCUGUGGCUUUGACUUCCUGGAGAUCUACAACGGGGCCUCUAGAGACAAGGGCAAUCUGCUGGGCAGGUUCUGUGGCCAGGCGCCCCCGCCACCCUUCACCUCCUCCUGGCACGUCAUGUCUGUCGUCUUCCACUCAGACAAGCAUGUGGCCAGUCGUGGCUUUUCCGCAGGCUACCAGAAAGAUGUGUGCGGUGGUGUCCUGACCGGCCUGUCAGGGAUCCUCAGCAGCCCCGAGUACCCCAACAACUACCCCAAUAAUGUGGAGUGCCACUGGCUGAUCCGUGCCUCGGGACCUGCCACUGUCAAGCUGGUGUUCGUGGACUUCCAGGUGGAGGGCAGCGAAGAAUGCAUGUAUGACCAUGUGACUGUGCUUGGAGCACCAGGCCCUGCCCAUGGGCACCACUACUGUGGCAGCACCAGACCCCCCACCCUUGUGUCCCUGGGCCAUGAGUUGCAGGUGGUCUUCAAGUCUGACUUCAACAUUGGAGGCCGGGGCUUCAAGGCGCACUACUUCUCAGGAGAAUGCCAGGAGGUGUUCACGGCUGUGCGUGGCAACUUCUCCAGCCCACAGUACCCUGGCGCCUACCCCAACAACAUCCGUUGCCACUGGACCAUCCGUCUGCCCCCUGGCUACCGGGUCAAGGUCUUCGUCCUGGACCUGGGCUUGGAGGAGCCCAACAGCCUAACCAGAACCUGUGACUUUGACCAUCUGGCAGCCUUCGAUGGGGCCAGCGAGGAGGCAAAGCUGCUGGGGAAGUGGUGCGGGCAUCACCUGCCACCGCCUGUCACCUCCAGUCACAACCAGCUCCUGCUUCUGCUGCACACUGACCGCAGCACCUCUGGCAGGGGCUUCUCCGUGGCCUACAUUGGAGUGGUGCCCAUGAAUGUGAGCUGUUCUCGCACGGACUUCCAGAUUCUGAUCUCUGCCCAGGCACUGGCCCCGCUGGAGCGGACCAAGGUCUACCUGGGUAGCCGGAGCUGUGCAGCCCAGGAAGUUGGUAGUAACUUCCGGAUCCAGGCCCGCUUUGACACCUGCGGUUCCGAGUCUCAGAGAAGAAAUAACACCUCCGUGAUUGUCAGCGUGCUGUACCUUGACUUCUCUGCUGCUGGGCACAGUGACAUCCACGAGUAUGAGGUGCGCUGUGAGCCGAGGCGCAAGGAGGCCUCUGUCCACCUCCUGUCGGGCUCUGAUCUGCUCGGGUCCUACGCUGCCACCGCUGAGCACCUUCAGGAGGCACCACCUGGAGAGGAGGAAGAGAUCCUGGAGGGCCCGGGGACCAUGGUGACCCAGGACACCAGUGACACCGUCUUCUUGGGCCUCUGCAUUCUAGCCGGAGUCCUUAUGAUCAUUGCCAUUGUGGUCCUGAUGCUGCUGUGAGCAGGUAAAGAGCAGCCUGGGGGCCCAUCAUAGGGCAGGGUGGGGCUUGUGGACUUGUGUGACCGUGGGCACAUCAUGUCCCUCUCUGAGCCCAUUUCCUAUGGAUCACUGCUCUGCCCUGCUCCUCAUGGGACUCAGAGAAAAGUGUGUUUAGGUAAAGACUCUGAAGACUGUAGAGAUGCUGUUAAAUUUAGGGAUAUUCUGCUACAGGAACACAUGCUCCCAUAUGUGUUUCUCGUGAGCUUGGACAGUUGGGGUCACAGGUGGCAGUGUGAAUACAACAGACUCAUCCUGUUCUUCACCAACUCAGGGCACCUCCUAGCUUCUCAGACCUUCGUGAGUAGGAAGUCUAGUGUCUGUGCAGGGGCUCCUCCCUCCUUAAGCAACCCAGGUGAAGACUCUCUCUAAAGACCUCCACCCCUGCCUCCAGGAACCGGAGAGAGAGUCCAAGCUCUGGCUACUGCUGUUAUUUCAGCUCCUGCCACACCAUUGAAGACUGAUCCUUGCAUCCUAGUGGGGGCUUGCUCAUAGAGGUAUCAAGGCCUGCUGUGUUUGGUUCCUAUAGAUGCCGGGUGGGCUGGGCAGCGUCCUCAGAGUAGAGGCUGAAGCUGAGGUGUUCCUUUUAUGUUGGGACUUGUGCUUGAAUGCCUUAGAUCUUUGGCCAAAACAUUGAGUCCAAGUCCUCUGUGCCUCCAAGUUUGCUCUGAUGUUCAUGCCACCAGCUCUUCCUCACUUAGGAGAUGAGUUCUCUUUGGAGCCCUCAGAACCUUUUUCUACUCCUUAGAGCUGCUCCAGUCUCUCAGAGCUGCUCCAAUCCCCAGAGCUGCUCCAGUCUCUCAGAGCUGCUCCAGUCCCCAGAGCUGCUCCAGUCUCUCAGAGCUGCUCCAGUCCCCAGAGCUGCUCCAGUCCCCAGAGCUGCUCCAAUCCCCAGAGCUGCUUCAGUCUCUCAGAGCUGCUCCAGUCCCCAGAGCUGCUCCAAUCCCCAGAGCUGCUUCAGUCUCUCAGAGCUGCUCCAGUCCCCAAGAGCUGCUUCAGGCUGAGAGCUGCUCCAGUCUCUCAGAGCUGCUCCAAUCUCCAGAGCUGCUCCAGUCCCUCAGAGCUGCUCCAGUGCCUCAGAGCUACUCCAGUGCCUCAGAGCUGCUCCAGUCCCUCAGAGCUGCUCCAGUCCCUCAGAGCUGCUCCAGUCCCUCAGAGCUGCUCCAGUCCCUCAGAGCUG